AUGGAGCUUCUUGUUAUGAGUUUAAGACUAUUCUUUUCACCAACUUCCCGAGCCAUCCUUCUUCUGUCCCUCUUCUUGUCAGUCUCAAAAUUUUCCUUGGCUACCACACUUUCAAAUGAAACAGACAAACAUGCACUACUAGAGUUCAAGUCCCUAAUACAUGACAACCCCAGUUUCCUGGCUUCUUGGAAUGAGUCUUUCCAAUUCUGCCAAUGGGUUGGGGUCACCUGUGGCCUCAAGCACCAAAGAGUCAUCGGUUUGAACCUAAAAGACCAGAAAUUGGUUGGCACCAUAUCUCCCCACCUUGGAAAUCUUUCUUUCCUUCGAUCCCUCAACCUUGCAAACAACUCCUUCUCUGGUGGAAUCCCCUCAGAAGUUGGUCACUUGAUCAGGCUUCAAAAUCUGAACUUGAGUCAUAACUCAUUGGAAGGAGAAAUUCCAGUUAAUUUGUCUCACUGUUCCAACCUUGUCAAUCUUGAUCUCCAGUACAACAACCUAGUACAACAAAUCCCAUCUGAACUUGGCUCUUUGUCCAACCUUGAGAUCCUAUGUCUUGCCAACAACCACCUAAGUGGAAGGUUCCCACCAUCUCUGGGGAACCUGUCCUCUCUCCAACAGCUUCAGUUUGAAGAAAACAAUUUGGAGGGAGAAAUUCCAAAUACAGUAGCGCAAAUGACAAGUUUGAAAUAUUUUCGAGUCGCAUUGAAUCAUCUUUCCGGUGUGUUUCCAGCUUCCCUUUACAAUCUAUCAUCACUCACAUUCAUUUCCUUGACUGACAACAACUUCGCUGGUAACCUCAAGCCCGAAAUAGGCAUUGCUCUUCCAAAUCUGCAAGUAAUUUGGUGGUCCGGAAACCAAUUCACAGGAAGCUUUCCAGCUUCCUUGGCCAAUGCUUCAGGACUUCAAGAGGUUGAUAUGGUUGGGAAUUAUUUCACAGGAAAUAUACCUAUGAGUUUUGCCAGUUAG